GAAAACUCUCGCCUGCGCCUGACGCCACACGGACUUGCGAGCAGCAGCAUCGCUCCACUGGCAUCUAGUAAGGGAGUAUUUGGGCAGAGGGCAACACAACGGGGAUUGAGCUUAUUGUUAUACACUGCGCCACGGACAAUAUUUUCAAGAAAAUGGUGUGCAUUCAAACAGCCUGUGGAGCCGCGUGUCCGAGAUGGUCGGCUACUACAACUCGGAGGACCAGCGCCCUGCGGCCCGCGACGCCGAGGCGCCAGUGAAGCGCCUGGUGUGCAGCCCCGACCUGCCCGUCUUCUCGCUCACGCAGGCCUUCGAAGACGCCGCUGUGGUGGAGGCGGCCGACAAGCUGUACGCGUGCACCGUGUGCCGCAAGACGUUCGCGCAGAAGACCGCGUUCCAGAGCCACGUGCGCUCCCAUGGCAAGGACAAGCCGGCGGCCGGCGAGGACCCCUACCGCUGCAACAUCUGCGGCAAGACGUUCGCCGUGCCGGCCCGGCUGACGCGCCACUACCGCACGCACACGGGCGAGAAGCCCUACCAGUGCGAGUUCUGCUCCAAGUCGUUCAGCGUGAAGGAGAACCUGAGCGUGCACCGGCGCAUCCACACCAAGGAGCGGCCUUACCGCUGCGACGUGUGCGAGCGCGCCUUCGAGCACAGCGGCAAGCUGCACCGCCACAUGCGCAUCCACACGGGCGAGCGACCGCACAAGUGCGCCAUCUGCGCCAAGACCUUCAUCCAGUCGGGCCAGCUCGUCAUCCACAUGCGCACCCACACGGGCGAGAAGCCGUACGUGUGCAAGGUGUGCUCCAAGGGCUUCACUUGCUCCAAGCAGCUCAAGGUGCACACUCGCACACACACCGGCGAGAAGCCGUACUCGUGCGAUAUCUGCGGCAAGAGCUUCGGCUACAACCACGUGCUCAAGCUGCACCAGGUGGCGCACUAUGGCGAGAAGGUGUACAAGUGCACCAUCUGCAACGACACGUUCACGUCCAAGAAGACCAUGGAGGUGCACAUCAAGAGCCACUCGGAGCCCGCGACGGGCCGCGGCGCGCAGGCGGCCGAGCUGUCGUGCGCCUCGUCGGCCAGCGACAAGGAGAACAAGGGCGACAGCGACUCCGAGCAGCGGCCGCUGCCCAGGUUCGGCGAGCUGGAGCAGCAGCAGCAGCUGGAGCAGCAGCAGCAGCAGCAGCAGCAGCAGCAGCAGCAGCAGGAGUGCCACUACCUGUACGGCGAGGCCUCGUGCUACCAGGCCCCCAGGCAGUCCUCGGGCGUGGACCCCGCGCUGCUGGCGGCGGCGGCGGUGGCGGCGGCCCGCGAGGCGGGCUACCCGCUGGAGGCGGAGGCCCACGAGGCCCACGCCCUGUCCGUGACGGAGCCGGCCGUGUGCCCGGUGCCGGAGUCCCUGGCGCCCAUGCAGCCCGCGCCCGGCUACCAGCUGCCCUACCUGCGGGAGCACGCGCCCUACCUGCUGAGCCUGCCCGAGCCGCGCGGCGCCAUGCUGACCCCGCCCAGCAGCCCCGCGCCCUCCGCCUCGCCCGACCCGCUGGACCUGGCGGCGCAGCGACACCCGCUCAUCCUGCCGCCCCGCAAGCGCUCCAAGAUGAUCCUGGAGUCGCUGGAGUCGCUGGAGUCGGCGCAGCCGUCCGUGCGCUACAGCUCCGUCAUCCACUACGCCACCAAGGCGUCGUAGCGGCCGCGCUCACAUCACGCUGAAUGUAUCAUCAUUGUUAACAAGCAAGUUCCUUAACACUGAACGAUAUGUUCGUCUAGACUGUGUAAAUAGACUGUUGAACGAUAUUCAUACUUUAUGUACAGUUAAAGUGACUCAGUUAUUUUAAGUGCCAUGCCACUCGUAGCAAUUUGUGCACAAAAACAUAGAUCUGUAGUUUAAGAGGAAUUAGACACUGUCAUCUUGUAUUUUUACAUUAAUUUUUGUCAUUUCAUUUUUGAGUGUACUAUCGAAAUUUCUGUCAUGAGAAGACAUAAAUGUUAUCUCCCAAGGGAUUUAUACCUCGCCACAGCCUUAUAUUAAUUACGUUUGCAACCCCUGGGAGAAAAUAACUUAUUAUUUUACGUAAACAACGUUGAUUGUCGUAAUUAUGACACCCUUCUAAAAAUGUCGACUUUGACGAAUCACCCAAAUUUAGAAUCUAUGUCUUGCCUAGACAUAAAAAAUUACCGAAGUUGUUAUGCCAGGCUGUGGCUUAUUAUUUGUAAAGCCAAGAUGGCGGUUAGAAUAAUUUUACAUGUUUUUGUUAAAGUGACAUACAAGGAAUUGAAACCUUUUAUUUGAAAUUCAAAUUUUGCUAAUGCAAAACAUCUGGAAUCAAAAUGGGUACAUAAUAUCAGUUGCAUUAUUUUUUUUUUGUACGUUCUUUUUAUGAAAACAGUUCUAAAAUGUUUUAUUGUAUCAGCGAAUGUGAAGUUAUAAUUUUUUCGUGUUAGAUAAGCGUUCGCAAUAAUUUCAAAUGAAGUCGUACAAGUUUUGUACCACUAUAUUCGUAGUUAAGUUUGUGUGCUUCCCUAAACUUGAAAGCAGCUUGCAAUAAUGUUUUACAGAGAGAAAUUUAUUCUAUAAGCCUUUCCGUCUCUAUAGUUGGGGAAAAAAUAUCAGUACUGGUAAAACUUAUGACCAAAGUUAAUUAAAAACAUUUAUUAACUUUCUAUAUGGUUACAACUAUUUAAAUAAUACAAAUCUUUUGAUGACCCCCGAAAUUCGGUUGUAAAAUUAAAUAGUUAUUCAGUGCCUUGACUGGUUUUCGUAAAAUCUACUGUCCCCAUCGGGGCUCAACUUAAAGUAAGCUGGAUGGAUCUGAACCUUUCCUCAAAAAGUUGUGUAAUGACUUACAUGUUCAAUUUGUCUUCGGGAACGAAUAGAUUCACCUGAGAAAUAAUUUUGUUGUCGGUCAUUAAUCUUUUGUAUACACUUACGGCUGGAUCUCACACUCCAUUAUUAUUUAAGGGAAGGCUUUCUUGCGCCUAUCAUUGUUAAUGAUUACACCAAAUAUUCAUUUAAUCAAGUCAAUUUUCUUAAUUAUUACACUUCACAGCUCUAUAAUGUUUAACAUUUAACUGGUGACGAAAUUUGCGACCAAACAAAAAAUACUAAAGAACUAUCACGAUAUAUUUACAAAAACAACCCAUGUAUAAUAGAAAUGACAAUAAAAUAAAAUUUACAACAUGGUGUGUAAGAUUGAGCCUUAAGUGCAUUGAAGUUUAUCUAAACAUUUGGAAUAAACGCAUGAAAAUAAAAUAAACUCAAACACAGCCAGGUGGUGACCCAUUACAGUUAACAACACACUAAGACAUGUAAGUUUGUGUUUGAACACGAAUCAAAAAUUUAAAAUAAGCUGGAAAUAACUAAGUAUCCUACUGAACACAGUAACAUAGCAGGGACCCAACCAUGAUAUUACAGAAAGUAUUUUCCAUUGAUACCAUGCUAUGGCAGACAGCUGAUUGCAUUCCUGGGGAAACCACAGUUACAACUCGGGCUGUACUCCGUCCAUUACAUGUUCACAUCUCUGACGGGAGAUUGCGUUAGUGGUAUUGCAUUGCCAACACAACCCUGACUCACCGCGUCGCAUUACGAUCAUAUGCACACGCGGACGCACCUAUAAUAUAUAACUUAAUUAUUUUCCCAAGCACAUUAAAAACAGUAUUAUUUAUGUUAUUUUAAAGAUCAAAAAAUAAACCGUAUAAUAUGGUUUUAAUUUAUGUAAAGAUACUAACCAAUGACGUACAAAAUUAUUAUUUUAAUAUUUUUGUACGAUCAUGUAUGAGAAGUCACUUAAUUAGCUGCUAGUGCUCUGUUAUACUGCAUUCAAGCUGAUUUAAACACUUUAAACAUUAACUUUUGAAAAUAAAUUUCUGCACUGUUAUGACUUGGUUGGAGUGUGGUGUUUCUUCGCGCGGCGGCGAGAACCAUAAGGUCGGCCGACAUGAAGACUGGUCAGCUGUGACGUAAUAACUACGGAAAGCAGUCCGCGGCAGUUGAGCAAAGAUGAAAUGAGCAGAGAGUCCCGUGGCUAGUCUUAGCUACUGUUCCGCUGUGUCACAUACACAUGUGGUGUAAUGUUGUAGAUGACAAGUUGUUUCACAACACUUCAGGGUGUAAUAACACGUUCCUCAGUAAAAAAAUAUAAAUAAAUAAAAUGUGAGCGAGUCUCUCAGUGUAACGUAUAACCUCGCUAACGAGUAAAUUAGUGUGGUCUCAUGUUGCAGAUACACUUGUAAUACAAAACUCGGACACGAAAUUUAACGUAGAAUUCUUUAAAAUAAUACCAAGCGUGAUAAAUAUAUGCAAAUUGUAUUUUCAGCUACAUUUAUGGACGCGAAUAACACGUAGUUUCCGCAGCUGCCGAUAGAAUUCGCUGCUGGAGCAGCUACGUCGACUAUUGAAUCAUUUCAUUAGCAGACAUAAAUUUUAAACUAUAUAGUGAAACGGCUCCGAUAAAAGUGUAAAAGACUUGAAAAAGUACUAAACUCCGGCUUUGGAUCAGGAAUUAUAUUUAAAUACUGCCCAUCUUGUUAAAAGUCACUAAUCAGUUAAUACUAUAAAGUUUCCCUUUGUCUUUGCGAAUUUGAUUCGCGCCAUCCGCAACAGAUGGCAGCAUCGUGGUUGUUACAUAUUUCCGUUCCUUUAAUUCCGCCGUAUUCACGAAAUUGCUCCCACCAAACGCCGUGUACCGAGAUACCUAAGAUGUUAGACAUUAAAAAAAAAAAAAAAAAAAACUUGGCUUCAAGAUGGGCAGCAUGCCGAAUUUUGCAGCAAUUUCUUGCACGAUCACCUCUGCAUGUCGAGAUAAAUUAAACUACUCAUUAAUGCAUGUCAAUAGAUAGAAAGAUGCAGAUAUUUAUGAAAAUGUCUAUGAAAACUUGAUUUCGUUAUUCUUAAUGUUUCAUCCACAUACGUAUUUAGUGAACACUCCAAAGAAGCUACAAUUUCCUCUGUUAUCUAUGGUGGUCUGUGACUUAUGCGUUCUGAUCGCCGAUCUUAAACUAUAUUCAGCGCCGCCAUUAUAAAAAAAACUUCCUUUCUCAAGCAAGAGUUGUGUUAAAUCUUUCACGGCAAUAUCUUACCGCCCUUUUCCACACAACCAUAAACAUGCAUACUUGUAGUUGAUGCAUCUACAUUGCAGUUAUCAUUCUUUCCUCAAAUGUGUAAAGCCUCUGGCCGUUCUUGCCAUUUCCUACCAACACACAGAACACAUCAUUACUUGCUUUUAUUGUAUUACAUUAGUAUGUAUUUCAUUACCUUCAUUUUUACCAAGGGGUGUAUGUCUGGAAGGAUAUCAUGUAGUUGCGUGUACCAUGUGACGUUUACUCCAUUGAGAAGCGCAUUCCUGCAUCGCCACACUCCAGUCAAUUAAACUUAGUUAAAAGUAUCUACCUCAUUAGCUUUCUACAUAUUAGUCACUUUGUAUUGUCAUGUUGGUUAAUACAGCAGAGCUUGAGAGAGAGGACAUUUGAGGCGGGGUUGGUUAUUUUUAAAAGAUUUCAAUGUUUUUUUGUUAUCUUAAAUAUAUGUGUAUGGAAUUUUUUUCAUAAUUUAAGUUAUGUUGUGUAUUUAAGACUCUGAUAUAUCUUUUCUUAAAUCGCUAUGUACCAUGCUUAGUGUGUGUAAAUAUAUUUCGCCGGACUGUUGUAAACAAGGUUUUGUAAUGCAAUGCUUCUGGGCUAGCAGCAAUUCACGUUCCCCUUGUUAUACUAUUCUGGCCCAAAUAAAUCCCACCUGUUCUGGCGGACUCGCGGGGUUACAGAUCCAAGCACUGAGUUAUGUCCCUGAAGAACACCUGGCUUACUGCUUGCGAGCUUCCGGCCGACCUAACCCAGACUAACAGUGAAGAAGUGGCUGUUGAAAAUGUAGUGUGACGGCGGGUUAUCGAACCCACGCCCUCUUGUGACCAAGCAAAUGGCGCGCACCGCAGUGCUUCAACCCUGCUGGCCACUGGGCCUAGCUUGGAUCUGCCCUCACUUGCCAUUUCACAACUUUUUGGAUUAUCAUUCACCUAGAACUUGUGUUUAAUUGUACACAAGAAUAUUUGUUCUUAUUAUAAUUUAUAUUACAGAUACACUGUCACAGGAAGUGAACUAGCUUGUAGCAGCAUGUGAUAAACUUCAUGCUUAGUAUUGUUUAUUUUUCCCAAGUAGACGUAGCCUCAGCUUUUUUAUAACUCGAAGUGAAACUUCUACCCUUUUUCAAACCCGAUAUCUACAUGAAUAUGCUAGUUAUAGUGGUUCAAAUCUUGUUUGCAGCAAGACUGCUGUUGUUAUGCAUGUGUCUCACUAAAAGACUGGAUGUUUGAAGUAAAUUGUUCGAAAAUAUUUUUUACAAAUGAAAUAAUUUCUCAGCUCUCAUUACCUUUGCAAACGAUCAUGACGAAUCGCCUGCUAUGCCGUCAUUUUUUUUCUAUAUUCACAAUGCGAACUCAACACUGCCUAGUGUAAUUGUCUUAUGGACGAUUUUUUAAUUGUCAAAUGUGUAUGUACGAAUGUAUUGUAUAUUAUGACCAGAGACAGUGCACAUUUUUUAAAAUAAAAUAAUUUUUUUUUUCUGAUGUGUCGCUCCUGUAUUUCAACCUGUAUACUUACGCAAAGGUAACAGCCACAACUUAGGUAAUGUAUUUCAUCAAAACCAAUAAAUCAGUAAUAUCAUUACUCUACAAAA